CCUAGGAGUAAUAUUCUUUGUAUUUAUCUUCUUUCUCCGCCCUUCGAACUAGGGGCAUGUCGAACUCGUCGCCCUCCUGUCGGCGGACCCUUAAUUAUGCGGCGCGCCUUAAUUCCCACAGAGCGCUUGCCUCAGAUGGUGGCUAAGGUUUAUGUCCCGCUGAGUCUGUUUGGUGGGGAAAUGGAGCUCGUCGAACGUGAUGUCUGCCUAUGCGCCAAGGCAUACGGAGCCUUUAGGUCGCUGGGUCCACUUUUGCUCAGUGACCUUUAUAUACUGAACAUUCUGGUGAUCUCUGGAGGUGUCAUAGGUCUUGAGAACCGACAUUAAUAUCGAGUUGGGCGCUGCGCACCUACGUGAAAGGUGGCUGCGGCUUAGGCUAAUCGGAUGUUUCUU